AUGUUCCUGUUCCAAUUUGUUAACUACUACUCGUCCAUAUUCUACAUAGCCUUCGCUAAGGGAAGGUUUGUCACCCGUACGGGUGAUGUGUCCAAAUAUUUUGUCGAGGAAUGUCCAAUGGGCGGUUGUUUCGUGGACUUAGCCAUACAGUUGGCUAUAAUAAUGGUGGGAAAGCAGGCGUUUGGGGCCGUCAUGGAGAUCGCUACUCCCGUAUUCACCCGUUUUUACAAUAAGUGGAAAUACACUCAGAGUUUGGACGACAAGUGUGAGGGUCCUCUCAAUUUGCCGCAAUGGGAGGACGACUUCCUGCUCUCAUCAUGGAGUCCAACCUCUUUGUUCUACGAAUACCUGGAACUGGUCCUCCAGUUUGGUUUUGUCACUCUAUUUGUGGCCGCCUUUCCAUUGGCGCCACUCUUCGCGCUCAUCAACAACUUCUUUGAGAUUAGAUUUGAUGCCAAAAAGAUUAUCACGAGUUUUAAACGACCCGUCGCUCAAAGGGUUAAAAGUAUAGGCAUUUGGUAUAGAAUACUGGAUGCGAUGGGAAAGUUGUUUGUCCAAAAACCUACAAUCCGUCGGAUUAUUAUUUACGGGAAUUGGGAAAUAUGUGACAAUUAUCUCGCAUUGAGUGCAAACACAGUUAACUCUGGAUAUAAUGUGGACAAUAUGUGUACAUUAAACAUGACAACACUGGGGUCGGGCUAUAGGACUGGUUAUUGGCAACAACUGGUUACUUGUAUGGCAGUAUUAUUUGGGGUACUCUACCACGGACAGGGAUAUGACUACUCCAACGUCGAUAAUAUCAAAGGGGCUCUUAAUAUGAUAUUACAGCUAAAUACAUUAUUAGGAGAAGAGGCCUUACUUUGUAGGGAACACCACAACCGUUCGUACGCUUUAUUCCCAUAUAUAUUGGCGACGAUUAUUACCCAGUACAAGAUAUGCCACAUAUAUAAACUCAUACUUUACUAG